AUGAGCCGUCCAGCAAAUCUCUUCACCGCGCUGAUCCGCACGCACCACAUCACCAGCCGCAAGAAGAUCCAGCGAGUCAAGAAAGCAGCGUCGCACCAUGCACUACCCUUCGUGCUCAUACGGAGCGGCGGCUCGCCAGGCAUCAUGUAUGCCGAAAGCGCCGAUGAAGCUGGCGUCAGCGGCUGGGUGGCCGCCGUUCAAGGCCUCCGGUACAAGGACUUCCAAUGCGCCCAGAAGCCGGCUGCGAGCGACGUCAACGUCCCUCCCCAGGCGAGCGAUAGCGGCUUCGUAGAAGUCACUUCCGUUGCCGAGUUUGGCGAGAGGAUGCAGCAGAGGGGCUUGGGUUCCUGGUGGAAAUCUGGAAUGGGUUACGAAAGUUCGGAUUGA